AAGUGACUGCGGCGGUCGCCGGAAACUCCCGGAAGUGGUCGCUGCUGGGGAUUCUGACUCCCGGUUUGCGAUGGGUUGCGACGGAGGAACCAUCCCCAAGAGACACGAACUGGUGAAGGGGCCGAAGAAGGUUGAGAAGGUUGACAAAGAUGCUGAACUAGUGGCCCAGUGGAACUAUUGUACUUUAAGUCAGGAAAUACUAAGGCGACCCAUAGUUGCCUGUGAACUUGGCAGACUUUAUAACAAAGAUGCCGUCAUUGAAUUCCUUUUGGACAAAUCUUCUGAAAAGGCUCUUGGGAAGGCAACAUCUCACAUUAAAAGCAUCAAGAAUGUGACAGAACUAAGGCUUUCUGAUAAUCCCGCCUGGGAAGGGGAUAAAGGAAACACAAAGGGUGACAAACACGAUGACCUCCAGCGGGCACGUUUCAUCUGCCCCGUUGUGGGCUUGGAGAUGAAUGGCCGGCACAGGUUUUGCUUCCUGCGGUGCUGUGGUUGUGUGUUUUCUGAACGAGCCUUGAAAGAGAUAAAAGCAGAAGUUUGUCAUACGGCCAGCUUCCAAGUGGAUGGUAAAGAUGUCGUUGGAGCUCAGGGGCCAGAGAACUUCCUUUUGACUGUGCCGUGUGGGGCUGCCUUCCAGGAAGACGACGUCAUCGUGCUCAAUGGCACCAAGGAGGAUGUGGAGACGCUCAAGGGAAGGAUGGAGGAGAGACGGCAGAAGGCAAAGCUGGGGAAGAAAGCAAAGAAACCCAAGGCGGUAGAGUCUGUCUCAAAACCAGAUGUCAGUGAAGAAUCCCCAGGGCCAUCAAAAAUUAAGACAGGGAAGCCCGAAGAAACCAGCCUCGAUUCUAGAGAGAAGAAAGCCAGCUCAGCUCCCAAAAGUGCAGCAGCAAACGGGAGCUCUUCCGGAAAAGUCGGGAAGCCUCUGUGCGGAGCCACAAAGAGGUCCAUCGCCAACAGUGAAGAGUCUGAAGCUUACAAGUCCCUCUUCACUUCCCACAGCUCCGCCAAGCGCUCCAAGGAGGAGUCGGCCCACUGGGUCACCCACACGUCCUACUGCUUCUGAAGCCCGUACCGCACCAGGCGCCCCGCAGGCCCUGCUGGGUCUCCGCGGGGGCGGCGCUGUCCCCUGUGCUCUGUCGGCCCUCGGCGUGUGCGCGGUGGGGAAGUCGCCCUCCCAGACCUCGGAGCCGGCGUGGUCGCCCUUGCUAGCGAGGGGCGCGGGUUCCCCUCCCGCAGGCCCCGCGCCCGCUUCCCCCGUAGAUGCGCCUGUCCCCCCACCGCCCAGAAAGACGCAUGGGCUGCACUUUCUAUGCUGAAAAUCAUUAAAGACUCCCGAUUCCUC